UGUUUAUUACCUUGACCGAUUCUAUUCGAGAAAGAAAAAAGAAUAAUGAUGUCUUCACAUCCUGCCUCUGACGCAAGCCUGCGACCCAGAGACCCUGAUCUUCCUGGGACCCCUCCACGCGAUUGCGGCGUAGCCAACCCCACGCAAGGCAGGCCGGCAUGAAAAUGGGUAUGAGGAGACGUCAUUGCCGAUCCUUCUCCUCGCUCACAUUCAAUCCCACGCGCAAGAGGAAAGCAGGUGCUACACACGCACACACACACACAAACCUGCAUGUGAGAGGGAAGCCAUGCGCCAGAUCAAGUUUUUUUUUUUUGAAUUGAGCUGGUUGAAGAUUAAAGAUAUAAAUGAGUGGUAAAGGGGUCGUGAAAUGAAAUGAAAGAAGACAGCUAGAAGAACAACAUCUUUACACUUGUAACCUAUCCAAUAAACGGCUUGCGCAACAUCAUCCUCCUACUCCUCUCAUAACUCACAUCACAUUCACCGUACACAUCACCACCAUCAAAAGACCUAACUCACAAUGGAGACCUCAACCACCAACUCCCUCAUCAUCUCCCUGGCCAUCGUCCUGGCCGUCCUCGUCGGAGGCACCUUCGCCUACCGGCAAGGCAUGCUCGACCCCAUCAUCGAGCAAGUCGGGUAAGUAACAAUUCACCC